CAUAACAUAACCUGUUAGUUUGAAGGAUAGCAAUUUUGUGAUAUAUCUCGGUAAUUCAACAUGGAAAAUGUUGAAAACAUAAAAUCGAAAUGCUUUUCGAUUUAUUCUUAUUUGAAAUUUAUGGGGGAAUACGCCUCAGAUCAAAUUACAGAUAGUUUAGCCUGUGAACCAAACAAGAUAAAUAUCCUAUAUAGUACCACUACCAAGUUGAUUGAAACUUUACAACAAAAAUUAACGAUGUAUGCUAGUGAUAUGGCUAAACUGUCUACAGUAACGUUACCUACAACUUCUUCGGAUACUUUAAGCAAUUCAACCUCUUCCCCUAGUACUAUUAUUACCGAUAUGCUGGACAUCAAAAAAGAUUUUAAUUGCUUGAGCUUAAAGAGAAAAAGGAGCAUAGAAGAAUAUACAGAUGAUGAUUUCCUUGAAAGUUCUCAAUUUCAAGUUGAACAUACAAAACAUGAACAAUCUAAAGAUGAUAUUCAAAUGAUCGAUAAUGAUACCAAGGAACCUAAUGCAUCAAAUAUCACAGAUAGUGAUGAGACAUAUUGUUCUGAGAUUGAAAAUAGAGACGAAGACAAUGAAGCAGAUUUAAUAAAAACCUUGAACAGACUUGGUGAAAAUGAUGAAGGCGAAGAAAAUACAUCAAAUAGCAACCUAAAUAUAAAUGAUGUCAAUUUAACAUUGUCUGAUUCAUUUUCUGACCUUGAAGACUCGUUAAGUACUAAUUCUUCUCCCUCAACAAUUGAUAGUGAGGCUGAAAAUUAUAAAUAUACAGAUGAGGAUUAUUGUGAAAUUAAUGGGGUUAAACCAUGUUAUGUAUUAUUAACUGACAUUGGCUCUAGGAAACGUAAAGUCACAAUUAGUGAAGAAGAAAAAGCAAAGCGUGAAAUUAAUCGCCUGACAAAUAUGACAACAUUAGAAAAUCCACCAACUAUUAUCAGGAAUGAUACACCAGCUAAAAAACGAAGACGUUUGGAAUCGAUGGUGGAAUCGGAUGAAGAUUCCGAAGCUAGCACUGUCCCAAUUGUGGAAGAAGAUUAUGAAGCAAUGGUAGAUUUAGAGCAGGCACUGGGUUUGGAAGAUUCGUGCAAUAAUGUAUCUGAUGGUAUAUUCCUGCAACAUCAACUCCUAUUUGGCUUGGGUGAAUCCGAUGGAGAAGAAGAAGAUGAAAGAAAUGAAUCCUUAGGUUCACAAAGUGACAAGAAUAAACAUAAAACAAAACGAAUAUAUAAACGACGAGUUACAAGACUUCUAUCAAGUUCAAGUGAUGACUCAGAUAGUACAAAACAGGAUUGGCAAAGAGAUCCAUUGUUAACUGCUAGAUUAUCACCAGUAGUAGAUGAUUCGGGGGAAGAGGGGUGUGAUGAGGAUAAUUUACUUAAAGUUCUUUCCAAAGAAAUAGUAGAUAAUAAGACUUCACUCACAAAAACAGAACUGGAUAGUACAUCACCAACUGAAUUUGUGUUAUUAGAUUCAACUAAUGAAUCUGACUGUGAAUUUAUAGGAAAUAGCGAAAUGCGCGACAAAGGACGUAAAAACAUUCGAGCUAUUAAAACAAAUAAAGAGUUAGCUGAAAUUACUCAGAAAGCGCAACAGAGCGAAAUGGAACAUAUCGAACGGGUGAGCCAACUAAGCAAAAGGCUAGAAUACUCUAAGUCACAAAGUAAUGAUUUAACAAACAUGGAUCUUAUCUUAGAUGUUGACAAGGACUUUAAGCCAUUGAUUGUUAUUGAUAGACAACUAUCAACUAAAUUAAAGGAUCAUCAAAAGCAUGGUGUAUACUUUAUGUGGGCCAAUUGCUUUGAGAGUGUUGAGAGUAUUGAAUCAUCAAAUGGAACAGGUUGUAUUCUAGCUCAUUGUAUGGGCCUUGGAAAAUCAUUUCAAGCAAUUACCUUGAUACACACUCUUUUCAAAUACAAAGAAUUAACAAGAACCAACCAUGUUUUAAUAGUGUGUCCUUUAUCAACGGCUCAAAAUUGGAAAAAUGAAUUUAAAAAAAUGUUACAAGAUGUUGAAUCUGUCAAUGUUAAUGUUCGAUUAAUGGGCAAAAACCUAUCAAAAGUUAAAAAAGAGCAGGUUGUCGCUGCUUGGCACGGUGACGGUGGAGUUUUAAUAUUGGGAUAUGAAAGCUUUGUAUCGUUGGUUAAAGACUUUGUAGGGACAACUUUUGACACAUCCAAUAUAAGAUAUAGAGCCUUAUUGAACCCAGGUCCCGAUUUAAUUAUUUGUGAUGAAGGACAUUCAAUAAGGAACAAAACAAAUAACAGAUCGUUAUGUUUACAUCAGGUUAAAACAAAGCGAAGAAUUAUAUUGACUGGAACACCUUUCCAAAAUAAUUUGGAAGAGAUGUAUUACAUGGUUAACUUUGUUAAACCGAAUUUCUUAGGAACAAAAGAAGAAUUUAUGAACAGAUUUGGUAAUCCUAUAAUUAACGGUGGUUAUUUUGAUUCAACAGAAGCUGACAUUAAACUUAUGCAAAAACGUAGUCACGUUUUGCACACAUACUUAAAAAGAACCGUUCAGCGAUACGAAGCAACCGAAUUAAUAAAGUACAUACCAGAUAAAUAUGAUUUUACUCUACUAAUUUCUUUGCAUCCAACUCAGGUUGAAUUGUAUAAUAAAUAUUUAUCUUUGGUAAAAAGCUUAACUGGAAUCAACAAUAACCGGUUUCUACUUGAUUAUACGAUGUUAAGACAUAUUUGGUCGCACCCAAAGUUACUAAAAGAACGAGAAGCGAUAAGAAAUAAAGAAAUUAAUAGAGGAACUGACGAUGAUGUGAUUAUAACCAAUAACGUGCAUCGCGUCCCAAACAAUUGGUACCAUUCCGCAUAUCCAGAUGAUAUCGACCUUUUGGAUUAUGGUCCAAAACUAGCCAUUGUGAUGAGUAUAAUAGAAGAGUGCGAAUCUAUUGGAGAUAAAAUUGUGAUAUUUGCGUCGUCUCUAUUGAAUUUAAAUUGUGUGGAACAUUUUUUGAAAACAAAAGGAACGACCCGUUGCAAAUCUUGGGUGCCAAAUGUCGAUUAUGUUCGUAUGGAUGGGAGCGUACCUUUGGAAGUAAGGAAUGAAUCCUGCAACAGAUUCGCCACUGAUAAAAACGUUAGAGUAUUUUUGUUAUCACAAAAAGUUGGCGGUAUGGGUUUAAAUUUUGUCGCCGCUAAUAGGCUUAUUUUAAUGGAUGUCCAUUUUAAUCCAGCCAUGGAUAAUCAAAGUGUUUACAGAAUUGUUAGAUUCGGACAAACGAGGAAAUGUUAUAUCUAUAGACUCGUUUCAAAGUGUACAAUGGAAGAAACCGUUUAUGAACGUUCAGUAACAAAAGCAUCGAUUUCCGCUCGCGUGGUAGACGUCAAACAAAUUAAACGCUAUUUUAAACGACAUGAUCUCGAGAUAAUGUACAGGGCUAGUCAAAUUCCUACUGAUCGACCAAACAUGAACGAACCACAAGACGCUGUAUUAUCUAAAGUGCUACAAAAGCAUAAAGAGAUUUUCCAAUACCACGAUUAUCAUUCAUUAUUGGCAAAUCAACCGCAUGAACAGCUGAAUGAAUCAGAACAACAAGCUGCUUGGGAAGAAUUUAAAAUCGAACAAGAAAAUGCAAAUUUAAUACAAAUUCAACAAAAUACAGCAGCAGCAAAUUUACAACAAAAUUACAUCAACCCCACACUACCAGAACAGAUCACACCCCCCAAUGAAAUUUUAGGUCAAUUUCAAUGUGCAGUUAAUUUAAAUGUUGAUCCAGAAAUAACGCUUAUAAAUGAAGUUACUUCAUCAGCACAAACCACAAAUAUAUCUUCCUUUAUGGAACACACUAAAAACAGUUCUGAUAACAAGGAAGAAUGUGUUCUUAUGGUUAAUGACCAAGUAAUGAAUCAACUGGAAGACGUAAAUGUGACGAAUCGUGCUGAAAUUGUCAAUCGAACGGAAGAUGCUUUAACGAUUGUCCCAAUCUCUACAACUGAUUACAAAGUAAUAUAUAAUAAUAAAUCCUCCGAAACGGUUUCACUCCCGCAAACUCCUUCAGGGUCGAGAAUGGAUAAUAAUAAGAAAGUAAGCGUUGAAUCACCAGCAGGACAAACAUUUCACUCAAUCGCUUCAAUUACGAAACGAAGAAAGAGUGUUCCUAUACAGAUUAAUAAAAAUAUAGUUGAUUCGCAUAUUGUUGUAAAAGAUGUUGUAAAUUCGUCUAUGAAAUCUUCCUUUCAUAUAAGGGAAAAACUUACAGAUAUGGGUAGAAAUAAUACGCGGAAAUCCAUUUCAUUGGGUUUAGGCGAAGGAGACAAAAAAGAAAAAAGUGAAGAUGUUAUUGAAAUUGAUUAAUUUCGAUAAGUAUUUAUGGCAAGAAUUUUAACUAGUUGAUGAAAACAUAAACUUAAAAAAAUAAUAAUCUUAAUUAUUGUA